GAAACAGCUUUUCAUUCGUUCUCAACCCAACAGAACCAAACCCUCAUUUUUUCUCUCUGUUUUUCUCUUUUUCUUGUCUGUGUCAAACAUGACGAUGAUGACGGGAUUCCUGUGGAGGGCAAAGUCUGUGGGCCGAAUCCCAUCGCUGGCGGUGGCGAUGCGCCGGAGGUCCACCAAGGCGGGGGCGUCGCAGGUGGUGGAGGUUGACAUGGCGGAGUACGACGUGGCGCUGAAGCACUUCGAUGACCUAAUCCACAGGAUCAUCGUGAAGAAGGCUACUCCGGAUUGGCUACCCUUCGUGCCCGGUUCCUCAUUCUGGGUCCCGCCGCGACCAUCGCCCACCAACGUCGUCGACCUCGUCCACAAACUCACUCGCGAAGACGAUCGUCCUCACGAUUCCCCUCUCCUCUCCACCCUCCGCGGUUGGCCCUCGUCGAAUUUCUUCAUCAAUGAGAAUGAAUCUACUGAUGAUGAGGAUACUGAAAUGGAGGUAAUCAGCACGGAUGGGAGAGAGAGGACUGUGAAAGUGAAGGUUUUGACAUUGUCAGAAAAUAUAGCUCACUCAGAAGAUGAAGAGAGUUAAUUCAUAAUUUAGCUGAGCCAGUUGCUGCGGUAAUGGUAAUGCAUGCCAUGUAACAAUACUAUGUUGAGUUGUUAUUUGUAGGAUUUUCAUGAUGCAAAUUAAGGUUGUUGAGAAGUCCAAAAAGAAACAUGGGAGAAAGUUCAGACUCUGAAUAUUGAAAAGGACAGUGCGUUCAAAUUGAAAUUCCUUAAGGCGCAGAACUGGUGGUUCUUUUGGGAUUAAACCCAUCUCACUCUGCUUGACUCAACAUUGAUCUGUUUAUCCUGUGUAUGCUGAAUAUUUGCAAUGUUAGGUUGAACCCUUGCAGGCUGAAUGUAUAUAUUUAUCCAACUAAUAAAAAAUAGACCUUUAGAAUAUUCCCCUCUAAACCUGCAAGGAAAUGCUCUCUAUUUAGUGCACAUGUAUUAUGUUGAUUAUGCUGAUGUGUAUAUAGCUGUAACAGACCUUUCUUUGGGGAACACUUUAAAAGCUUCAUUGAAUUCAC